AUGGCACCCCCUCGGUCGGUGAAGGAGACUCAGAGGCUCACCGGCAUAAUAGCUGCUCUCAAACGCUUCAUGUCGAAGUCGGCCGAUCGUUGCUUUCCCUUCUUCCACACCAUCAAGAAGAUGAAAGAUUUCCAGUGGACGGAGGAAACCCUGUACUUAUACUUAUCAGAGGGGGACGAGGUUGUCAGCUCGAUCUUGUGCACCUUCAGUAGACCCCGCGGCCAACCCCUUGAAGAUGAACCAAAAGAGGUGCACUUGGCCGAGGAAGCCCAUCCAACAUGGAGACUCUUUGUUGAUGGUUCGUACAAUGCCAAAGGAAGCAGAGCGGGCCUCAUCCUCACCCCCGACGAUGCCGUCAUAGAAUAUGCGCUGAGAUUCGACUUCCCAGCAUCCAACAAUGAAGCCGAGUACGAGGCCCUCCUUGUGCGGUUACAGCUCGCCAGGGACCUUGGCUCCAAGCAUAUCGAAGUCUUCAGCGAUUCGCAACUAGUGGUGAAUCAUGUCAACGGUGAGUACGAGGCCAGAGAACAAAGCAUUGCCAAGUACCUCGCCAAAGUUUAA